UUUAAGAGGUGUUGAUUAAUCACAGAGUUAUCAUUAUUAUCAAAUUAUACUGUCAAUAAAUGAAAAUAAAUCAUUAGGGGGAUUGCUUCGUUUUAUUUUAGAAAAAGUGAAAAUUUGAACUCUGAUUAAUUAAGAAUGAUUCGUUUUAUUCUUAUUCAAAACCGAGCUGGAAAAACACGUUUAGCCAAAUGGUACAUGAACUUUGACGAUGACGAAAAACAAAAAUUGAUUGAAGAAGUUCAUGCAGUUGUAACAGUUCGAGAUGCAAAACAUACAAAUUUUGUUGAAUUUCGUAACUUUAAGAUUGUUUAUCGAAGAUAUGCAGGCUUAUAUUUCUGUAUCUGUGUUGACGUUAAUGAUAAUAACUUGUGUUACUUGGAGGCAAUACAUAAUUUUGUAGAAGUGCUCAAUGAAUAUUUUCAUAAUGUAUGCGAACUUGACUUGGUGUUUAAUUUUUACAAGGUGUAUACUGUUGUUGAUGAAAUGUUUUUGGCUGGCGAAAUACGUGAAACAUCCCAAACUAAAGUACUCAAACAAUUGCUUACAUUAAAUUCGCUGGAAUAAAAAUUAAUAUGUGAAAAUUUACUUUAUUUCAAUUUGAAUUAGAUUUAUACUUAUAUACUUUGUAAAUUUGAUACUGUUCAUUCCUAGCUUCGUUUGUUUUAAGUUUGUGUUUACAUAUUCAUUUUGAGAUUU